AUGCUGUUUUUAUCAUGUAGAUUCACUAGAGAAAUGACCACCUUUGAUCAGCCAAGUAAAAUCAAAAACUUGUUUAUUUGCUGCCUAUGCCCCCCACGGGUGCUGAGGCUCUGGACUUGCAGGCGCCCAAGGACAAGGAGGAACCUGCUAGCGGGCACUGCGUGUGUGAUCUACCUGGGAUUCCUCGUCAGUCAAGUGGGUCAUGUUUUACCCCAGCACAAAGGAGGACACCAAAAGGUCAGUUCCAGAAGUCUCCAAGAUGCAGCCCAAACUCCUUUUCUGGGCAUCCCACUGGAUGGCACCCUGUCACCACCCAAUUUCCAGGAACCCCAGCUUGGUAGCAAUGGGACCUUGCUGCCACCCAAUGUAGUUUAUAUCACCCUGCGGUCCAAGCGCAGCAAGCCUGCCAAUAUCAGAGGCACGGUGAAGCCAAAGCGCAGGAAGAAACAUGCCACCGCUUUGUCCUACGGGCAGCACUUUCCAAAAGCUGCUUUUAUAGGCCGGGAGGAGGCCUUUGCCCAACAGGCGGAGAGGGCCGCGCGUGCUACGGGCGCGAUGGGAGCAGCAAUAGCUCUGGAGGCAAGAAAGCACCAACUGGAUGAACACAGACAUAAAGGAAUGGCAAUCAGGGAGAGGGCUCACCGGAGACCUGGGAGGAUUUCUGGAGCUAUAAAGGCACAGCCCCAGCCUGAGGAAAGCAAUAUCAGGAUUUACAGCGAGAGCUCUCCCUCUUGGCUGAGUAAAGAAGACAUCCUCAACAUGCGCAUGCUGGCAGAUUCUCGGAUAGAGAACAUCCAAGAACUACCUUCUCACAAAGCAGUCCUGGUAGUAUUUGCGAGGGGUCCCAGCAGCACAGGAACUGCUUGUAACCAGGGGCACUGUGGCAUCAUCAAAAGACCCCUCGACAUGAGCGAGGUAUUUGCCUUUCAUUUGGAUAGGAUCUUGGGGCUGAACAGGAGCUUACCUUCUGUAAGCAGGAGAUCGGAGUUCUUCCAAGACAGUCAAGCCUGUCCUGUUAUUCUCUGGGAUUCCUCACUGAGCCCAACAGAUAAUAGUACCCAUUCUUCAGUGAGAUUAACCUGGGGGCAAUAUCAGCAGCUAUUGAAGCAGAAAUGCUGGCAGAAUGGUAAAGUUCCCAAAGCUGAGUGGGGGUGUACUGAAAUCCAUCAUCAUGAGUGGUCCAAGAUGGCACUCUUUGAUUUUCUUCUGCAGAUCUAUAAUCGACUAGACAGAAACUGCUGUGGAUUCAAACCUCUCAAGGAGGAUACCUGCGUGCAGCAAGGACUGAAGCUGAAAUGUAGCGAUCAGGAUGCUGUUGACCUCACACACAUUGUUCAGAGAAGGCAUGACCAAAGGCACUUGGCCUUUAUAAACAAUAAGGGUUUCUUUGACAGAAACGAGGACAAUCUUGACUUCAAAAUACUGCAGGGAAUCAAUGAAUUCCCUGAAUCUGCAGUUUCCGUGCUGAGGAGCCAGCGUUUACGUGAGAAGUUGCUACAGUCUUUGUUCCUUGACAAAAUAUACUGGGAGAGCCAAGGAGGCAGAAAAGGAAUUGAAAAGCUUAUUGAUGUAAUAGAAAGGAGGUCCAAAAUUCUUCUUACUUAUAUAAAUGCACAUGGAGCCAAAGUAUUGCCCAUGAAUGAAUGAAGCACUCUUGUUUCUAUCUGAGAGAUAGUCUUUAAAAAAAUUUGUAUGAGGCAAAAACUGACAGUAAAAUUGAUUUAAUUCAUAGGCUUAUUUAAUUUUUAUUUUUUCCAAACUUUCGAGUUUAUUUUUAAACAAGAAAUCUUACAUGG